UUGAUUGCUGCAAAAUGAUCUCAAAAAGGUUUCUUGUCUUGACACUUCUCUACACCCUCUAUAUAGUGGAAGCCAGUGGGAAACGAAAUAAAAUCUUGAAAGUGGCGAUUGAAAAGCUGAAACUAUUUGCUUCCAAAUUAGAUAGUAACGAAUGUUUGAAAUCAAAAUGUCAAACUGCUAGCACGUCAUCGCCAGGAACGAAAAUUUUAAUUGUGAAUGCAACUCAACAAUAUUACAAACAGUGCCCCUCGGAAUGCACGUUUAACAGGCAAAAAUUAAAACGGCCAAAGGAGUUUUUACCAGUUUUUGACGCAGAUCCUACCAAAGAAAUCAUCAACUGCAACUUAAGAUUGAAGAAAUUAACCCGAGAAUGCAAAAAUAACUUGGCACUAACUACCUUGGAAAGGAUGGGUGUUGUACACAUAUAUUUUUCUACUGCAUGUCAAAAGCAAUCGUGGUUCAGCGCCCAAAAAUAUUGCCAAUCAAAAGGACUUGUUUUAGCUUCAUUUGAGUCGAAACAAAAAAUUACUCAUCUUACACAAUAUUUGUUAUCACAAGUGUCGUUAAAGAAGCUGCCUGAUUUGAACAUCAGGAACCCAUUAGAGAUAUGGGUUGGGGGCACUAACGCGAAUCGCGACAACUAUUUCUGGGUCGAUACCGGUCAGCCAGUGGACGCUGACAUUAUAUCCGGAUUUGCAUCUAUUGAUAAAUCACAAAAAUGCAUUUAUGCAUCAAUCUCUUCAAAUGAUUCUGUGGCUUGGAAGGAAAGCAGAUGCGAUGUUCCGUUUUCUUUUCUUUGCGAAGUUCCAAAGCUUUGUUAUUUCCAAAAAUGCAAAACCAAAUCCCAAAUGCGGACAUUCGACAAGGAGGUAAAAUUCAUGAGUAACUGCGCCGCUCAAAAAUGCAUAACUUGUCAGGAAAGACUAAAAAAUGAAAAAAACAAAAUCAAAGAUGAAUUUCCUGAAAAGAUCGGAAGAUUUUUUACUUUUAAUGGUAAAAAGUACUACGCAAGCAUUGUUAUGCGGUCGUACGACGAAGCGUCGCUUUAUUGCUGCAAAAUGCAAAUGAAUCUUUGGACGUGGAAAUCUUAUGACGAAGGCGAAAAGAUGGUUUCUGUCCUACAAAAUAUGGGGCUUGACAUGAAUGACAAUAACAUGAUAUGGUAUGUCAACGCGAGGGAUGAAGCUUGCGACGAAAGCUAUGUUUGGUGCGAUAAGCAACGGCGACCUAUAGGAACUGAUUAUGUUUGGGCAAAUAACGACCCAGACGAUUAUAUUUCAAAUGAAGCAUGUCUUGUAUUCAGCUUUUUAAAAGAAGGAAAUGGACUCAGAGACGCCGCUUGCUAUUUCAAAUAUCUUUUUAUAUGCGAGAGUGAUGAGAUCACUACAACACAGAACGUAUACAACAGCUUACAAAUUCGGACUUUGCGCUUUGAACACAGGCAGGAAUGCAGGGAGAAAAACUCGCGGUGCAUUAAAUCUAUCAAAGAGAUGAAUCCAGAUACUAAAACUGGAGUUGUCUUUAAAGCAUCAGGUAGAACUUACUUUGUCAGCAAGGAGAGGAAAGAAUUUUGGAACGCCUUUGCUCACUGCUGCAAUAUGGGAAUGCAUCUGGCGACUAUUGACACUUACAAGGAAAUAGAUGACAUUAUUCAAAACUAUUUUUCUAUUGUUACUUUUCGUGAGGCCCAAAAUGCAAGAAUGAUGUUUAUCUCGUCAUUUGCUUACAAAGAUGAUGCUGUGUUUUGGUGCUCCAAUAACAAAUCAGUUAAUAUGGACACUUUACCCUUAAUAUUUGGAGAGCCGAACAACGCAUACCCUCCAGAACUCGGAAUGGGGCUUUUCUAUUCACGCUUUAGUAAGGGUAUUGGCGACGCGAACACAUUCAUGCCCUGGCAAUAUAUCUGUCAGUCGCCUAACAAAGACCCAUAG